AUGACCAUGAUAUUGGAAGAGGACACGGGGUUUCCCACCGCCACGGAAUUGGACACCAUCAUUAGCAUCUCAGAGGGCUGCAUUACUGGAGCUGGCGGCUGCGUUAGCUGCACUGCACGCAGGGUAUCAGCCACCAUCAGAGCUACGUGGCCUAGUCACGAGGGCACGGCACUGGGAGACCAGCCCCCGGGUGUGCCCUUCCGCAAAUCAGGCCCUUGCCCUGGCACCCCUUCCAGCGGGGCGCUCCGCGGCUCCAGAGGUUCGGACAGGUUCAGCCAUAUAUUGGCUUACAAGGCCCAAGUGGAAGAAAACAGAAAUUCUCCAGGCACGGCAGCCGCAGAGGUCUGGAUUCACACCCGAGCCCAGGUCGUGGGAAGAGAACUCCAGGCUGCCGUCCAUCGGCACUGGCACGGCCAACACCAGGCGGGCGCAGCCGGGCCAGCCAGGCCGCGGCUGUCUCCCCUCGGAAAGAAAAAUAAGCGCUCCAACCUGCACAAGCAACUAUUUCUCCUCGACUCCUGCUCACCAUCUCCCCCACCCCCUUUUACUUCUCUGCUGGACCAUUUUUUGCAUCUGUGGCUGCCCAACUUGGGAGAUGGCUGGGCUGGGGGAGCCCAAGGGCACCUUGGAGAAGGAGCAGGACCAGGAAGACCCCCGGGACAGUGGGGAUUCCACAGCUGGGUGGUUCUAAGCCACCGGGUGCAUGAAAGGCCACAGGAUGCUGGUCCUGCUGCUACAUGGCACACAGUGAGAGAGAGAGAGAGGCAGAGACACAGGCAGAGGGAGAAGCAGGCUCCAUGCACCGGAAGCCCGACGUGGGACUCGAUCCCGGGUCUCCAGGAUCGCGCCCUGGGCCAAAGGCAGGCGCCAAACCGCUGCGCCACCCAGGGAUCCCCUGGGUUUUAAUAUAACAAGAAGACUCAUCACAAAUUUUUUUUUCUGUACCUCUGCAGCCCCACCUGCUCAAAUCUGAGAUUGCCCAAGGAAAAACAUCCCUUGGUAAAUUCUGCAGUAAAGAAGUCUACACAAAGAA